AUGGGGAGAGAAAAACGGACACAGCCAGCCCCUCGCGGCACGGCCAAGGAUCGGCACAAGAAGGCUGGCAAGGUCAGCAAGCCCAUCGACCGCAGCGCGCCCCUGCCGCCGGGACUUGUCGCCGCGAAACCGGUCAACGCGAUUGUCAGCAACAAACACCAAACAUAUUUCGAGUUCAUCGAGAAUAAGGAGAGGAAGAAGCCGUUGCUUCUCGAGAACACCACGAACACGGAUCCGCCUCCCGGCAUGCGGUACAUUCCCAUCGGGAAUCCUGAACUGACCGAGCGAUGCCAGGACAUCUCAAGAGAGUUAGGCGCGUCGGUAUACAUUGUGACAAAGGCCAAGAAGGACGCCUCGGACUUGAGCCUGCAAAUCCACCGUGUCGGCUACCACAUUCGCGAAAGCAUUGUGGACCGAGCCUUAGCGGAGCUUGGCUUGACUGACAUUUACGUACCCGAACUCAUCGGCCAAGGUGACGGAGGACUGGUCGAGAAAAUCCCUGAUGACCAACACGAAAUCGACAAACAGGCGGACGCUGCCCUGCGCGAGCUUUUCCCCCGGAUCCCGAAUACCGACCGACAACAAAUCAUCGAUCAUGCCUUCCAGAAAGGGAGACAGUUCAAAGGCGACCCAGUCGUAGGACUCCAGCAAGACCUUUCUCUCUCGCGGCGAGUGCAGCUGGCGGUCCUGGCGCACAUUCGGCACAACCAUACCAGAUAUGACGAGCUUCUUAGGGAGACAACCUGGCACAACGCCAGAAGAGCCACCGAGCAGCUCUGCUUGGACAUCCUCGUCAAGUGGCGAGGUGAUGACGAGAACGGCCGAAACCAACUUGACGAAAUCCUUCGUGAAGUCGUGGUGCUCUCUGACGACUCAGAUGAUGAGGAUUCAGGCGAGGAGCCCGACUCCGAAUCAUCAGAGAUACUCAUUGACAGGCCUCAUAACAUCGGCGGGAUGGCGUUGGCGUCAGUCCCACCCCAGAGUGUCGCCAACAGCCGCAAACGUUUGUCGACAGCGAUGUUGUCUCAUCCAGGAUCCCCGGUGCCCCAUGUGACGCCCGGAACAUCUAGGAGAGUCGCAAAGAGGGCACGCAAACAUGCUAAGCACCGUGAGCGUAACUUCAGCCGAUACGAGGCUGCUAGAGAUGCUGCUUGGGACAACGCCAUGCAGCGGCAGAGAGCGCCCGGCGGUCCUCCGGACCAGCCAGGCGUGGCGGACAGUUCCGCCGGUCACAGCGCAUACCCCCAGGGUCGACCUGUUACACUUGGUGAGAACAGAGCUCCUGUGAAUGAUGGCGGCCGUCCGCUUCUGCAGCCGCGGCUUCUCUCUGGAAAGUCCAGCGGCGACUUCCAUGAGGACAGGCCCCAUAUAGAUGGUCCUUAUGCAACACGGCCAUGGCCCACGCAAUCCCAGCACAUGCCGUUGGGUCCUCCAACGCAGAAGGUAAAUGAAACUAGCAACACUCUCAGUCGCGGUCCCAUGGGCCAUGGGAAAUCGGAGAGUCACAAUCUGCAAGACUUCUUGCAUCCUUCCAUUGAGCCACGAUCGCCUGAUCCUCUGCGGCCUCCACCACGCUAUACCCGUGGCAUGGUGGAGUACACGGAGCGCAGAGGUGACGAUCUGCAGUACCGCUUGAUCUCCCCGUCUCGUGGCCCGGUUGUGCGAGACACGCACCACUUGCAUCGGCCUCAGAUCCACCAGACGUAUCCCGUACAUGCUAGGUCUCCGCAUGUAGGUCAGGACCGGGUUCGCGCCCCUGAGAUGACAUACCACAAUGUGCCACAGGACGCCCCUCGACUUGCUGGUUAUCACCCAGCACGGGACUAUGGCUCUGCCAUCCCAUAUGGUCGUGUUGACAGGAUCCUGCACCAGGAGAGCCAGCACGAGCGACGCCAUGGCAGUGUCUCGGGAGAAAAGGCCAAUGCCAUUAUGAUUGAGGAUCAGAAUGUUCACCAAGACACAGUCUAUCUCCGCACGGGGGAGAGUGUCAGGGACAGAUUUGGCCCUGAUGUCGAGAUACUCACCGUCCGCCGCCCUCGGCGUGACGAUGGCCCGGACCCCCAACGGCCCAUUCCAAAGGAUGAAGGCUUCGUUCGCUUGCGAGAGAACCAACCUACGGAGCCACGGAAUGGGCUGGCAGAGGAGGGCUUCCUGCGACUCAGAGAGCGCACUGUUGUUAGGCCUGGACCUUCAGCCGACCGCCCCCCGCUGACCUUCCGUAUCAUGGGCCCGGAUAUGAACGGGUCGACAGAGCCGGGGCCGAGAGAUUUAUGCAGCGCGACCUUCCGGCGCCUGUAUAUGGCGGAGCGCCAGUCGAACAUCAUCCACAUCAUCCACCACAAGGAGCAUACGGCAUUGCCGUUCAUCGACACGCGAGGCAGAUGCCAAGCGCAAGAGACCCGUUAG